UGAUGAUCCAUAAGUCUAAAUCUGUAUGUUUUCUGUUUUCAUUUGUUUUUUUGUAGGAUUGUAAUUUAGGCGGGAAAGUCGGGAAAGUGAAGGAAACGGGAGGAAGAAUCUUGGCACCGAUUUUGUGCGAAUUCUUGUUUUUUUUUGUGGGGAGAGCAGAGACUCCCAGUUGGGGAGAUUUUGCGCAAGAAAUGACUUGACUAGCGUCUUGAUGGGGAAUCAGCUGGCUUGAUUCCUCUUGGAUUGCCGGCUAAAUGUGUGUCUGUGCGCAGAGAGCCGGAGAGGAGAAUCAAAGUGAGAGAUUUCUGGUGAAGUGUAAGAGAGAGAGAGUGAAAAAGGGGCAAUUUUGGAGCAUUUCCACCCAGUCUUGUCGUUCAUUCGCAAUGAAUCGCGCGCCCAGAAGCCCACACAGGGAUUCCGCGAGUGAAGAAAAGGAGGAAAAUUGUGUGAAAAGUCAGUAGAUUUUAGUGAAAAUAAAUCAACCAGAAAAAUUCUGUGGUAUAAAGUUUGAUAAAUUGCUGAAUGUGCAGAGCACAUGGUAACGAAAAUGUGAUUAAAGGUGUUAACUGGUUGGAUUUUUGAGUGAAAUGGCCAGGAAUGAUUGUGAGAAAACUGUGAAGAGGAAAUAUCAGUAGAAAUUGCUUAAGAUUCAAUGGAGUAUAGAGCAAUUCUUGAGGAUUAUUCCCUGGAAAAUUAGUGGCUUGAUUUCUUAGGAAUUAGCUCAAUCGUUCAAUUCUUUAGGAGGAUAGAGGAGGUGGGACAGGAGGAGCUUGGUUCCAAAGGGCUGAAAGGGUGAAUAAGGAUGAGUAAUUGAGAGAAGAAAAUUGAAUUUUGACUGAGUUUCUAUUAUCCUCAAAUUUGCAUUUAUUGAAUGUGGAGAAGAUGAACAAAUUGAGGAAACUUUCGAAGCGCCAUAUUAUCUCUGUGAUUAUCGUUUGUGGAAUUUACUUCCUGCUUGUGCACAUUUUUGGCAAUCGGGACAAUUUUGGGGAUAAUCGUCAGAAAUUGGAGCUCAUUGAGGAGGGUAUACAGUCGGAUGAGAAUCAGGGACAAUGUCGAAUGCCAGAUCUCCCACUGUAUCCGUCGGAAAUGAUGAAUUUCCUCCAUGAUGAGCCUCUCAUUGACUGCGGGGAGGAAGGUGACGACUGGGUGAAGUGUGAGAGAUCCACAUGCUUCAUCCGGCCGGCUGUGAUGGUGCGAAAAGGCCGGAUACACUGUGAUUUUGCUGAUAUUCUGCGCAUCGAUGACUUCCGCAUCGAACUGGCUGAUUCAGUAACCACGGAAGAGACCUACAAACUCUCAAAGUCAGACUUUGCACGAGUCAAGUGCCACAAAGUGGACAGGAGCGAGAGAUGGCAUGGAACUGUCUUAGGUGUGAGGGAUUCAGUAAAUAUUGAGGGUGGGAAGAUGGAUGGGAAGCUAAAUGUCCUCAUCUAUGGCUAUGAUUCACUCAGUCGAAAUGCCUUCAUGAGAAAACUGCCAAAGUCCUUUGCAUAUCUCACAGAAGAACUCCAGGGGGAUGUUCUGAUGGGAUACAAUGUUGUUGGGGAUGGAACUCCUCAAGCACUCAUCCCACUUCUUACAGGGCUGACAGAAUUGGAACUUCCAGAGACGCGAAAGAGAAUGAGAAACUCCAAUUUUGUCAAUGUCUACCCAAUGAUCUGGAAGGAUUACGAAGAAGAAGGAUAUGUGACGGCUUUCAAUGAAGAUGUUCCAGACAUUGGCACUUUUUCCUAUCGUCUCAAUGGUUUCGAUGAACAACCAACGCAUCACUACAUGCGAACCUACUAUCUGGCCAUCAAGGGUGAACUCAAUCAGUACAGAAAGCUCUGUGUUGGCCAUCAACCUCGUCACAAGACCAUGCUGGAGUACACAAAAGAGUUCAUGCUGAAGUACACAAAAACUCCAAGGUUCGUGUUCAGCUUCCAUGGGGAGUUGUCUCAUGAUUCCAUCAAUUUGGUGGGAGUGGCUGAUGGGGACUUUACGGCGUGGCUGAAGGAGUUGCAUUCACGCAGUGUCCUCAACAAUACUCUUCUCGUGGUGAUGUCUGAUCACGGCAAUCGCUUUGCCGAAGUCAGGAAUACGCUGCAGGGAAAGCAAGAAGAGCGAUUGCCCUUCUUCGCUUUUGUCUUUCCCGAAUGGUGGAAGAAGAAAUAUCCGGAGGCCUAUAGCAAUUUCAAGGAGAACACUCAGAGGCUGGUAACUCCUUUUGAUGUUCACGCUACCCUCAAGGAUCUCUUGAAAUUGCAAUCUGGAGGCACUAGAGAUUCCCGACAGGAGCAUUCUCGGGCUAUUUCCCUGUUUGAUCGCAUUCCGGAGACGCGAUCGUGUGCUGAUGCCUAUAUCGAGCCCCAUUGGUGUGCCUGCUUGAACUGGCGCCAGAUCAAUGACACUUCCCUGGACAUUGUCGUCCGGGCAGCUGUCUCCAUCGUGGACACGAUCAAUCUCUUUACUCAUGAACAUCGGAAUCUCUGCAGUUUGCUGACACUCAGUGAAAUCAAUUGGGCAGCCAAAUUGGCUCCUCAUGACAAUUUGCUGCGCUUCAAGCAGAACAAAGACUUUGAUGGCUUCCUGGCGGAUCUGUCCUCGACAACGCAAGUCUUUACGGAGAUGUACCAGAUAAAGCUGACCACGAGCCCCGGAGGAGCAAUUUACGAGGCCAGUGUCACGCAUGAUCUCACCAUGCAUGCAUUCUCCGUGAGGAUGUCAGACAUAUCUCGAGUGAAUCAGUAUGGGAAUCAGGCCAGGUGCAUCAUGGAGACCCAGCCUGAACUGCGAAAGUACUGCUACUGUCGGCAAGAUUGAAUGCCGCGGCAUCCCUUGCAUUCUAGUCGAAUCUCAUGAAACUGACCAAAGAAGAUCAUCUUCUUCUAACCCUAUCCUUACAACUUUUCGACUCCCAACGCCUUUCAAUCCUUCCCUAAACCCUUUCCGCUCUUUCCCUUCCCUCUGAACCUCUGUAUCAGUGUAAAAAGCCAAGAUGUUGCUCAAAAUGUAGCUGAGGUGAUUGAAGAAAGAAAAAAAACAGUAAUUUUUUCUUGGA